GGGGUCACUCAGUCAGUCAGUCAGCCACAGUUCGGUUUCGGUUUAGUUUUUCAGUAGAGAAAAACGUUCGCUUCUGGUUGGACGUGGUUUUGUUUCGUUCCUUACUUGAACACACACCGAAUAAGGUGUUUUCUGGUUCUCUCUAUACCGCAGGAUAACAUCAUUCAUUAUACCUGGUGCAUCCUUGUUGGGGCUUGGUUGAAGGCGUGUUUCAGACCAUCCUUUGUUCCGUGUGUGUGUGUUUAUGUACUUUACGUUUCGUUCGCGCGGGAGUGGAAAAAGGUGGCAGUUUACAGUGUUACUUCCGUUGCGUGCAGAUUCACGAUUUUCUUUAGGAAGAGACACCCCUUUUUUCGUUUGUAGUGAUUUCGUGUGCUUGUGUGCUGUUACAAGAAAGCAAUAGAGCACGCAUAAUUGAAUUUUUACUAGAAGUGCUACUUGGUUUUAUUUUCUGGCUGAAACAAGAGACCAGUGAAAAGGGCAAUCGCGAAGGAUUAGAGCGGCGCCUUCCAGGAAGGGAACGAAAAAGUGCCGGGAGUGUUGUGAUCCGUUUCGGUGAAAAUUGGAUUGGUUUGCAGCGUUGUCACUACCGCCACUAGUGCCACACUAGCACUUCCUCAACCGGAUCCAAUCCAAAUAAGUGAAAACGAGCGGAAGUUUGGCUGCAACUUGUUGGUUCACCGUCAGCCAGUGCCAGUGCUAAAUAAUUCAUCGCAAGUGAUUGCGCUACAUAGCGAGCAUAGCGUGAUUACCGUUCGGGUCCGGGAAAACACAUCGGAAUAAAAUAGCCCAAAAUAGUGCACGCGGGAAAUUGUGGUGAAAUAUACAUAUAUUGAUAUAAGAGGCCGACGCCUGCAAUUAUGGUGAUGAUAUAGGCUAUGGAACAGCCGGGAGCAUACAAACUUCCGUUUUUGUAUUGAUGUCAAUUUAACCAACGUGUCGGCACGAAAGAAGAAGAAAAAACUGCACUAGACGGCACCCACGGGAAGAUGCCGUCAGGGAAUGUCCACCGGACAGCGAAAAGCACGAGGACCCCAACGGAGCCGGAUAAGACGAUCGAAUGGCGGCCCACUUUGUCAUCUCGGCACAGCGGCAAGCAACGAAACCUUGGGAUACUGUUGCUUCCGCAUGGUUGGAAAGCAUCAGUGAUGCUGACGGUAUCCCUAGCACUUAUCGUACAUCUGCAACUGUUGACGCAGGUAGUAGCACAGUCGGGCCCACCGCAAACAUGUCCCCCGGGAGCGGAUAUCAAUCCAUGUCAGUGUCAAGUGAAGAAGAAUGGGCUGGACAUUCUGUGCGAGGCGACGGACAUCCAACACAUAACCAAGGCGAUGAGUGCCCUGAAGGGGAAGAACCCCAUCAUCUUCUAUCUGAAAUUGCGACAUAAUAAUUUACCCAAACUGCAAGGAUUCGUAUUCCUCUCACUUGACAUUCGGCAUCUGACGAUUCACAAUAGCAGUUUGGCAGCUAUCGAAGAGACUUCCCUAAGCUCAUUAGGACGUGGAUUGACGCAGCUGGACGUUUCGCAAAACCAACUGAUGACGGUUCCCUCGAGUGCGCUGAAGAACCUGCACCACCUGCUGAUUCUCAAUCUCAACCACAACCGCAUCUCGGCUAUUCACAACCGGGCAUUCGAGGGACUGGACACGCUGGAAAUCCUGACGAUAUACGAAAACAAGCUGUCAUCCAUCGAGCCGGAUGCGUUCCGUGGGCUGGAUAAGAAAUUGAAGCGGCUUAAUCUGGGAGGAAAUGACCUCACCUCGGUUCCUCAAAAAGCGCUGGCCAUUCUCGACAUGCUACGAAAGCUAGAACUCCAAGAAAAUCGUAUCAAGACCAUUAAGGAAGGUGAUUUCGAAGGCCUCCAGAAUCUCGACUCGCUUAUACUGGCCCACAACCAGCUCACCGAAGUUCCGCCCCGUGUCUUUAGCCAUUUGAUCCUGUUGAAUUCCCUUGAACUGGAGGGAAACUCGAUAUCCUACAUCGACAAGGAUGCCUUCGAGGGGCUUGAAGAAAACCUUCAGUACCUUCGCCUCGGCGAUAACAAUUUACAUCGGAUCCCGAGCGAGGCUCUUCGACCACUGCACCGUCUGCGGCAUCUGGACCUGCGCUCGAACAAUAUAUCCACCAUCAGCGAGGAUUGUUUCGUGGGUUUUGGUGAUUCGAUUACCUUCCUGAAUCUGCAGAAGAAUGACAUCAAACAGUUGCCGGCGCUUAUAUUCGAAAAUCUUAACUCGCUGGAAACGUUGAGCAUACAGAAUAACAAGCUUUCCCGCAUUCCGGAGGAGGUGAUGGAGCCAAUUAUGGAUUCGCUACGUGUAGUCGACAUUAUGGAUAACCCGCUCAUCUGCGCGUGCGAGCUAGUCUGGUUCCCGAAUCUGCUGAGAGACUUAAAGAACCGCGACGACGAGAUGACCCAGAAGAAGCGCCCGAUGUGUACGAUGGCCAACGAGCACCGGGAGUACUACGUCCAAAACAUGCCCCUGGAGCGGAUGAACUGCGUCGGCAAAAAGUACCACACUUCGUCGCUGAGCGGUAACGGUGCGACCGAGAUGGCAACACGCGGUCUCGCUGCCCUGGCAGCGGCCACCGGGUUCGUGAUUGGUAUUUGCCAAGUUUACUACUAAACUGCGAAGCGCGGGCGGGUGGGGGGAAGCGGGCGAUCUGGUUGGUCUGGAUGCACUCGGCAUCUAGGCCGUGAUGGUGAGGAGUAGCGGGAACGGUAAGUUUAAGAUUACAAAAGCGAAAUGUUAUAAGGAUCAAAAAGGUGGACGCUGGAAUGGUGUAGGUGGACCGAUGGAAACAGUAAAUAGUAACGAGUGGGGGUGGGAAGGAAACGAAAAUACAAAUGUUGCUUUGUUUUAUCGUAAUUUUUUUGUUCGUUUUUGUUUCUGUUUCGUGCGGGAGCGGUUGUUUGGUGGGGGAUAAGGUGGGAGGGAACCUCCCACAGGGCAUGGAAUUAGUGCUUGCUUUGCACGGAACUUUUUGCGAGAGCAGAAUAAUUUAACUGUAGACAUAAGAAGAAGCAAAAAUUAAAUAAGAAAAAAAGACAUAUUGUUAAAGGAUAAAUCUCACAUACGACUGGGAGUACCGAAAGGAAAACUAGAACUAAAGUAAUAGAAUCAAAUGAAUGCACUCCAUUACGAGGCAAGAUGACACAUCACAUUACCAAAGAGUCUUUCAAAGGAGUAAUACGCGCUGAAAAUGUGCUUUUCAGUUUUCGGUGUUCGUUUUCUCGAGGGUGGUUAUCUGUAACAGGGAAAAAAAGGAUUAUUCGCUUCGUUGGAAGCUUUGGCGUGAGCUAUAAUUGAGUUUGGAAAGUAGCAGAACUUUUACAUUAAAUCGAAGCAUAGAAUGAAAGUGUGAAAAAGCAAAAGUGAAGCCUGUUUGAUUCGACUGUAAUUUGAUGUGAAGAAGUGUCAAAUACAGAUAGGUGGUGUUUCCGUUUGUUUUCUCUUUUCUUGUUAUACCUACUGCAAAAUAAGAGACAGAGUUGGCAGCAACACAGUUUAUAAGCCCAACAAGUUUCUGCGGUGACGUUUUAAGCACAUAUUUUAGUAGUUUUGAUCUCCGCUGACCAGAGUUUAAAUUGAUCUUGUUUUGACCUUGGUUCCAUUAAAACUAAAAUUUCUUUUCGAUAGGCGCACUUCCCUCGAACAGUUACAGUGUGAGUUAGAAAAGAGCGAGCAGCAGUUGAAUAAAGGAAUAAAAUCCUCUCAAUUCAUAUUUUCCGAAAGUCUAAUUAUGGUUUUCCAGAGUUUGAAAUUGGCGCUGAUUCACGACAAGCAGUUCAUCGCUUGUUUUUUUUUAUUUAGUAGACAGAGAAACAACUUUUCACCCUCCAAGAAAUGACGAAAAGUUGCUGAUAACGCGGUAAUAAUUUGUGCACAAGUAACAAUUGAAAUUUUAUAGCUCGCUGCAAGUACAAUCUAAGCUUUAAGAGUAGCUACAAAACUAUCAUAAAACCUUAAUUUUUACUAGAGCGAUUUCGAACCUCGAAAUUGCCUAACUGCAGGAACAAAACCAAUGGAUUAUUGUAUAGCAUUCAUUUCCUUUACAUUCCAACAGUAUAUUGAUUUUAAACAUUAGUUUCUAUCAAUUGAUGUGAUUUUGUGCGAAAAUACGUUUUUUCGAGGUUCGAAAGUAUAAUCUUAUAUUAUACCGCGAAAACACAAAUUCGGAUGUUGUUUUUUGUCGCGAAAAGUUUGACAGCAAGAGAGGGUAUGUCACAUGCUUGCUUUUCUUUAGCUGGUCGAAAUAGGUGAUACAUCGUCUUUUUCUGUUUUCGAAAAGAAAAUUUUAAAUUCUGGUUGUCAAAAUGGGUCUAUCACUCGCAUAUCUCAAACUUUCUAUCAAAUGGUGCUUCAAUUAUUCUGAGAACGUAACUCGGCUAGAAUCGAGGGAUUUUAGUGCCCAAUCCUUGCAGCUAUAAACAUCACUGUGGCAAACACAUUUCUAACCUCAAUUCCCGUACCAAGCCGCGAGUUCCAGCAGAAGAGUAUCAGUCUCCACCUCGAGAGACGAAAUCGAUCAUAACAGAUGAUCUUCAUUUAAUUCGGUAGAGCUCUAGAUACUAUUAUGACUAAGUGACCUCCGAUGCAUAGGAGGAAAAGCGAUAUAUAUCUCACUCUAUAUAGCCAUAGGUUUACUCUAAACAAGACAUAUCGAAUUUUCAACUGGUAGUAGUAAUUUGCUAAAGUUCAAAUUUAAAAAAAAAAUUAUCACCGUACUGAACUUCUUUAUGGUCUACAUUUAGCACUUUGAAAAGUUUAUAAAAAAUGGGCUUAACUCGAAAGCCCAGUAAAAUCUGUGUUUCAUAAUGGAAAUAAAUAAUUACAAUAAGCACCGAAGCGAAAAGCAGCUACGAAUUUCACCAGGUAAAGUAGCGUGGACGAAUUGUCCAGUGUCAGGGAUGAUCGUCCUAGCUACUUGCAGCUGGAAAUUCCGAGAUUUUCCUAACGGAUUACAAAUAUUAUUACCGAACAAACCGGUUUAUAGGUGUUUCAAAGACUAAACCUUAUAUUGCAGAAUUAAUAUUAACAGCACUGAGCUUGAUGUUUAACUUUCCAGAUGAUAUUAGUAUAUACAAGCAAAUCAAUCUUGUUUUACCUUUGACGUGUUAUGCAUAUCUGCAAAAAAUGAAAAAUCUCUGAAAAAAAAACAUAUCCUUUUACAAACUCUCCGUGAGAAAGAUAACAUUGAAACAUAUCACUUUACCCAGAUAAUGGAAAACCAAAAUCUACGUUAAAACAUAUCAAAUUUGGAAGGCACAUGAAAAAAAAAAAUUUCCCUAGGUUAGUGUCUAUCAAAACAAACAUACCAAACACACAUAUCAUAUAUCUGUUUCAUAGGUUAAGAGGAACACUCAUGAGAUAUUGGAAAAAACGUCGUAUACCUACAUUUACCCACAUACACAUGCUACGUGGAGACUCCAGAACAUAACAAUCAAGUCGUAACAUUUUGAUAUAAAUUUACACCCUGAGCUAGGCUGAAAGAAAAUCACAUCGGUUUGGGGUAGGAAGCUGGAAAGCUGAGCUAACAAUGAUAGGGACGAGACGAAGGAUUUUGCCACGUUCCAGUACCAAAAAAAAAAACAACAACGAUCACAUGCAAGGACUCACCCAACUCAGAACCCUAGUCUCUUUUGUAAAGUGGCAUUUUUUGUCCACUCGCGUCACAAGGACACGGUAGCAAUUUGAUUUGAAAAAAAACCGACGAAAAGUUGCCAAUUUUCCCUUCGUCUUCUCCGAGGAACAGCAUGCUGUAACAAUGCCCAAAGUUUUUUUAUUAUCUUCAUCUCGACUGUAAAAAUCUUGGUUAGCACCCGGUAGCUGCAGCGGACAUGUUGACAGUCAGUGAAUACCAGUGUUGCGAAAUGUGCUGUUCUUUUUGGUGAAGAUUUUUCUUCUGCGGUUAGAUUUUGUACCGUACGAUACAAGUUGCAAGUUUUGGUGGAAAGCCAAACUCAGACGUACUGCUUUUCACUAACUAUUUUCACGAAGAACUAGCAAAUGUCCGUCGCGCGUUGCUGCGACUUUCAACGAAAUAGGAGUAAAACACAAUUUGCUCCGAAGCGCCAUCUGGCGGGCAAAUAAUCCCCAGCCAAUAGCACACAAACACGCUAAAUUUUGACGGCAAUCGAUGAAGCCGUUUUGGAGUCCAUAAAUCAUAUUUAAUAUGUGUUUAUUUCAAUAUUUUGUUUUGGUAUAUACAUGUAUUUGGUUAUUUAAGUGAUAUAGAUUGCUUUCACUUCAUCUUUGUUAUACAUUUAUCUAUUUUUUGUUUGUUUGAUGGUAAUUAUUGAUUGUUUAGACACUACCGAAUUGGCGGAAUUUGUUUGUUUUUCCUAACCUAUAUCUUAACCUACUAUUUACAAUAUAUACAACUAAGCUUAACUCUAAAAAGUCUCUCGAAAUUUGAAUUUAGGCAUUUUUCUCUAAAAUUUGCAUAAAUUUUAUCUAGUCUUGCGAUGACGGUAUCGAUACCCGUAAGUGUGUGAACUAAAUUAGUUCGGGUAUCGAACGGUAAAUUUAGCUGCAUUUGAAAUGUUCUGUUUUGGAACACCUGUAGUUUCUUUUGUGUGUGUAAUCGCGCUGGUUUGCCACACAACACUGGCGUAGUCUAUCACAGGAACGAAGAUCUGCUUGUAAACAGCCAACUUAUUGCGGUCAGAGAGUUUGCAGCGCCUGUUUAUAAGAGGGUAAAGGCACUUAACCAUAAGAGAACACUUGGUGACUGUUUUUUCGAUGUGCUGACGAAACAGCAGCUUGGAGUCCAUCAGCAGACCAUCGGUAAAUCGCUUCUGUAGUCCAGUCGAUUUGUGUUCCUCCAAGUGACACUCUGCAGUUGGUCGGAGGAUCCAGACGCGCUGUUUGCCGAUGCUUGAACAGGAUUGUUUGUGUUUUUGGGAGGUUCAAUUUUAUCUUCCACUUGUUGGUAUAGUCGAUGAAGAUGUUGAGGCAGCGUUGCAGCUUACUUCGAAGCACGGUCACUUUCCUCCCUUUCACCAGGAGAGCGGUGUCGUCCGCAAACAACGACAACAUGCGAGGAAUAUCCGAAGUAAACAGGUUGUAUAGGUUCGAACCAAGGAGACCUCCCCGGGGGGACACCAGCUGGUAUGCUGUAAACGUUGGAGACUGCUCCCUGAAGUGCGACUUUAAAUGUUCUAUCGUGGAGAUAGCUUCUAACGAUUUGUGUGAGGUAUAGUGGAACGUUGGACACGCAAAGCUUGUAGAUGAGCCCACCGUGCCAUCUGCCUUCUCUACAUCCAGUAGAGCCAUUGCAGUCGAUUUGGAGACAGCUUUCCCAAGUACAUUUGCACUAAUGUUGCAUUGAAACUCCAUUACAGCAUUAGCAAUGUAAUAAAGCUCUAUAUUAGCAUCAAUAAUGCAUAAAUGCACAGUCGAAAUAUAGCAUUUUCGCUUGUUCUAUAUGCGCAUAUAAAGCUGAUUUAACGCGCACAUGCUUCAAGAAUCUUUAAAGCAUGUAAGCUUUACAUGUGCAUUUAGUGCCAUUGUAGAGCAAAUAAAAAGCCGAUAUAAUGUUAUUGUAAUGCUGUGGGUUUAUUCGUUAUGCAACUCUUCUUGAAGAUUAUAUUCGGCAUAUUUCAUUUCAAUCGAACAAAUGCAAUACAGCCCAGGCAGCAAACACAGCGCCCUUACCGUCAAGGACGAGGCAACGUACCUCAGUUCGAGACUUACUAAAGGUAAUUUUCGUAAAACAUUCAUAUCAUGUCAGAAAGAAACCCCAUUAAGGAUAUUCAUUACAAUGCAUUAGAAGAGAGUCAAUUACGGUUUUAAGCAGAACAUUUUCUUUUAAAAUUUUUCGUUUUUUGCUCACCAUACCGAAAGUAAACAUAAGAAAACCAUGGCGGACAAUGACAGCCAACUGAAGCUUUCUAAAAGCAUUAGUAGUGCCAAUAUUAGGCUUUUAAAUUUGACAUUUGUACGCUGGUACUAUAUAAUAGCAUUAGUGCUGCAAAAACGAGCUGUCAAUCUUUGCACAGUAAUAGCACUAUAUUUCGCCUUUUCUUGCAAAAUACCAGCAUUAUAUCAGUAUUUGGGGCUUCACGGAUCUAUAAGACUGCUUUAUAUGAUGAUUUAAAGCAAAUAUUAGGCUACGUUAUAAUGCUUAUUGGUUACUUGGGUUGUUCUGCCUUAUGAUAUUUAUCACCCUCGGUAGUUGGUGCGUCGUUGAGUAGCCUCUCCUGAAACCAAACUGUUCAGUCAGGAUGAUGUUAUUUGUUUCUACAAACACUCCACACUCAAGACAGACUUCAAGCCAUUGAAAGUGUUGCUGAACGGUCUCGUUGAUAUGAAGGAAGCGGAACUAAUGGAGAAAUUGGUCGAAAGCGGACUUAAACCCUUACGAAAUAGCCCGAUAGAGCACAUUGUGAACUUAUUGCGAUCAGCUCCACCUGAUUCAACUCGAACACAGAUCAAUAUCGCUGAAAACCUUCAAAUUGAUCAACGUGAUAAACAGUUCUAUUGUUGUGAUGGAUUGAAACAAACCAAAGUACGCAAGUAGCAAUUGCAACUUGUUGAAAGUUUUAAAUAUUGCACAACUUCUACACAAUAUUUUUUAUUGUUGGAUAUAUUUGAAAAGAAUUUCCACGGGUUUUUAAACUGAUUGUGCAACUAUGUAACUAUGUAGCUGGCCAAUAGUGUUAAGUAUGCAAACAUCAAUAACAGUUGUGAAACUAAUCAGAAACUUUGCUAACUUGCACAGUUGCAAGUUGCAAAUGCCUUUUGUUUGCCAUUCCACCCUAAAACAGAACUGUCCAACUACCCAGUGCUCGACAAAUGGCACAGUUAUUGGUUUCAAAAAUAUUUCAACAAUAUAAAGUUGUUUAGGUAGCUAAUUUGUAAGAAGAUUCUUUUAUAGCUUAUUUGUAAGAAGAUUUAUGGUGUCUCCGUCAUGGUAUUUUCAAAAACAUGCAUAGGAAUUAUUUGUGUAUGUGUGUUAACCUUCUAAAUCUUACUAUAUGGUUCAAUCACCCCAUGCAAACAAUUUAAUCUCGGGAUAUAGUAGGUGUUAGCUCUACCGAUUUUCCAAUGGCAAAUUUCAGAAUGGCCUAGCGGUACAUUCCGAGGCCAUUUUCCCGCUUAGUUAUAAUACUUGUACCGUAACGUGAACGUAGAAUGGAAGAUGUAGUUUGCGUUUACGCGCCUUCACCUUUGGGGAAUUCAGGGCCGGGGACGACUAUUGGAGAAGAGAGUUAGCUUGUUCCGUUAUUUCAACAAUUUGAAACUCGCCUGUACUGGUUGCAAAACCCAGUUUGGCCAUAUAUACACUCAGGGCCUUUUCUUCAUAGAACCGGUCUGGUCAACUGGAUCGCUUGCUCACUCAAGAGCAAAAUCAUCUAGCUCGGUGGCUUGCUCGAAGAAAAGCAGAUUGGCGUAGUUUUUAUAGUGGAAACCCACCUUAACCCCAAGAUAAGCAUCAGCAUAUCAUUUCCGACUAGUUAGACUAAACCUACCAAACUUCAGGAGGGAGGUGUAGUAAUCGUACUCAACAGCAACAUGCCUGCUGUCGAGUUGUCGGCUGCAGUUCAUCGAAGCCAUUGGAGGGGAGAUUAUAGCCUCUACUGGUAGCAUCACACUCAUAGUAACAUACUGUUCUACGCAAGCCAAUAUCAGUGACGAAACAACGGCUUCAAUUUGAAGUGGAAUCAUCAUUAAGCUAACUCUACGGCAUGGCCAAUUUAUCAUCGAAGGCCAAACACUAAGUCUCGAAAAAUACCACUUCACGGUCCUGACCCCGGAAAGUUCCACCCCGCUGACUCGUUCCGGCAGCUCAUACAACUAUCGAACCGUUCAUUAUCAACAUGAACAAUAUCUUGCAGACAGUUGUACGCCAGGAACUUCAGACUAUUAUCCAGUGGGUAUCAAUGUGGGUUUCUGGCGCAGGACCAGCAAGUCCCAUCUUCCCGUAUAGUGAGUAAAACAGUAACCAUUGACCAGCCUCGCUAGCGAUUUCAUCUGUCUCAGUAACACCACUUGGAAACGGUACCGACGUACUGUCUGCCUUCUCUACAAACCGAUUUCAAACGAAUGAUCAAAAUCAUCCAAGUCAGAAUGGUGGAUCUUAGAAACAAUGACUUCUCAAAGAAGAUCCGUAUUUUGUCAGAUUAUGAAAGUUACCGAAAAUCUUUAAAACCAAGCCAAGGCCAAUUCCACCGAAACUUCCCUUAGAUAAUAAUGAUUCUGUUUAUCGACUGAUAACUCCUGAUGAGAAGUUAUCCGAGUUAGGUCGGCACGUCGUCAGCGCACAUAAUCUGGGACAAACCAUCAGUAGUUUGCACUAUGCUAUAGUUAGUUAACACGCAAACGUCAGAUUCCUAAGGAAUUUUUGGAGGAAACGGAAAAAACAGCUGUUGAAUGGUCAGCCAACUUCAAAACAUUAAAAAUCAAGAAAGCUCCAGGUUUCGGUAAAUUUUCAACUUGGAAAAAGCUAUUUGCCACUGUCUUUUAGCAUUUCCGGAGGAAAAUAACAUUUAACUUAUAGAACAGUUCGAUCAAUCCACCAUUCACCAGCUUACCCGAGUUACCAAUAUCCUCUAAAGAAACAAAUCUGUCUCCAAAACCUCUGCCAUAUCUCUGCUCGACGUUGAAAAGGCCUUCGAUCACGCUUGGCACGAUGACCUAGUGUACAACCUAGUUUCCUAUAUUCAUGGUGAAGGAAAUUUCGCGUCUCAUUGAAUGGAGCCGUUGGUGUUGUGCAAGAUAUUUCCGUUGGUGUUCUGCAGAAAAGCAUAUUAGGCCCAUUUCUGAUUAACCUGUUUAUCUCGGAUAUUGGAUGAAAAUGGAACUAUCCAGUCUGCGAUAGAACGGGACGACUUAGCGGAGACGGCACGGUUGGUUUGAUUGUGCUGAUCUAAUAGGUAUCCAAAGAGCAGUAUGUAGAAAUAUGUGAGCGCUCUCUCUCUCUCUCUCUCUCUCUCUCUCUCUCUCUCUCUCUCUCUCUCUCUCUGAAAGCACGAGGAUUUUCUGGCAUUAAAAAAAUACUUGCCUGUGGAUGUUUCUUGGAAGACCCCGUUUCCAGCCCCAGGUACAGAAUUGGGAUUGAGACGACUGGACGAAUCAAAGGCUUUUUCAGUAUUAGAUGGAAAAGAUCCGCCGUAAUGCCACAUGAUCUGGAUACCAGGAUAAUUGUAGAGUUGGUUGUAUCCGUGAGUGAUGCCAGUUGAUUAUAAAAGGAUGGAAUAUGUUAAAACUAUUUUGUUGACAACUUUGAGCCAUAUAAAUUCGACACAACCGGGACCUUUCAAUUCCUCCUAGUAUGCUUUGAUCAGGGAAAGUUUCGAUCCGCCUUGCCGUUCGGGAACAGUUUGGUUUGAUUAAUUCAUCUCCUUGGAUACGAAUUGGACCCCGUCGACUUUAUAACAGUUUAUCGCGCCCUUGAAUCAUACCCUAUGCCUAAUCCGGCCAGAACAGUCAUGAAUGUGGAUCAUGGGCAACAGGCACCGAUUUACACACCCCGCAUGUGAAUAUUCCUGUGGUGUGCGAUUUGGAAAGCAAGCUGCACUCACGAAUGGCUUGUCAAAUCAUAGCUCUUUGGUGGAUUUUUUAAGUAUUAUCGAUUUAUAGGCUUCACCAACGCUUCGGUGCAGUACUGGUCAUCUGGAAUCAUUGUGCAACAGAAUUUCACAUACAUUCAAUCGUCCAUUGACACAGAUACUGAUUUUUCGCAUUGAAUUUACGGACUCUUAGAUUGAUAGAGACCGCUUGUUCUUAACUUCAUUUCGGAUUUUUCUGCUUCUUCAAAUCACAAGGAAUAACGACGGAAGCCUGCAGAUUGGGCCAAUAUAAUAAUAGUAAAGAGUAACAUCUACAAUCAGAAUUCUGCAACAUCCUGAUGUGAGUAUAUAUUCUAAUUAUUUGAGUCCCCGAAGUAAUCUGUAAUCGAUUCGAGAUGGAGUCGUUGAUAUUACAGCUACUUCUUAGAACAGCUGAAUUCUAGAUUUGUAAAGAAUUGAUAACUUGAGUAAUCGAUCAAAAAUUAUGUCACGAGCUUUCUGUACGAGACCGGAGAUUUCGUCCAAUAAUAAGAGCCAAUAAGAAAAAUAAUAAUUGACAUUUAUUGUUGUGAAUAUAGAUUCUAUAACAUGAAAGUAACAAAAAUACAUGUUAAACACAAUCAUGGAGUAGCACAGUUUUAUUGCCAAACGGUAAAACGAAAACGAUUUAUUUUCAAUUUCUAGUACAUAGUCUAAUACGGCAACACGGGUUGUGACAGGGGAUCUUUUAGGUUCACCAAAUGACGACGAAAAGGUGUCAUCCUAACUCAAUUAUCGCAUCCAAUUUUUUUCGGGUACUACUAUUGUUUUUCUUGCAUUGAGCUUCAGAACAGGAAGUGAAAUUUCAUUUUAAAGCAAGGUCACAGCAAACUUGAUUCCAAAUCCCAAUCGAUAUACAGUGACUGUUAACGGAAAAGAGCAUCACCAAAGCUUGGUUCACAUAAAACCACGUCCGCCUAUCGCCAAUCAAUUCGUAACCGAUUAUUGAAAAUCCUGAACCUGUUGAAAACUCUUCGUCAACCACUGGCAACUGUCAAGCUAAAUUUCUUGCUGAAGAAAAAUCGUCGCCUGCUGAGAUACUUUCGUCACCGCUGUCAGUAGCUAAACCUAGCAUGCAACGUGGCAUGCAACUUACAGCGAAGCCCAAAACGAGAAAUACGAAUUCCUGAAAGUUUUAAGGAUUUCGAUUUGAAUUAACGUGAUGAUUAUUUUUGUAAACACUGUGUUAUUUUGAAAGUGAAGAGAUAUUCUGUUAUGUGCACCCCUCAUCGCUCGAUCAGGCAACACUGUUAUAAGACAGAGAGAGAUUCAUUAAAACGCUACCGUUUGGUUUAUGGAAGUAUGCUUCAUAGUUAAGAUCGCGAAUAAUAAAGCUAAUGGAUAUUGACGUUGACAUGAAAACAUUUACUAUGAUCAAUUUUUAUAAGGUUAUCAAAUAUUAUGAUUUCACCAAAAUGACAAACUUAAUUCGAAAAAGCUUGCAGUUUGAAAGAUACGAGCGCAUCUGCAGAUCUUUAUCGGUUUGUAGUUCAUUCCAAUCGACACAAUCUGCAGUGCGGACUUAAUCUUCCCCGUCACACGUUCCGGCUGGUGCAAACCUAAUUUACUACCGUAAAAGUUAACCUACAAAAUUCUACAGGGAAACUGCGAUAAAGGAGUAGGUACCACCCCAAAUGUUUCCUCUGUUCCAAACCCCUAAGCAUUCGUAUGUGGUGUGCAGCUGUUGCUGAGCCGGAAACGAAGCACAUAAUCGCUUUUUAACGACAUUACCUGCCAAAAGGACUAACGCCGUUACUCGUUCAACCACACACACACACACACACACAUCCAGCCACAAUAGACACGGGAAACGGAAAAUCCGUAUGGGUGUUAUCGCAUGUUUUACUCCCUCCCGUGAAGCGCUUCUGUUCAGGGGGUGGUGUAAAAUAAAAUGAGAACAUGAUUUCCAGGCGCUGUUUCCUCUGUAAAACAAUUCUGCGACUGUGACGACACCGCCGGAAGUUGGAAAGAUGUCCUUGAACAGAAAUUCCUCUCAUGUUCUGUUUGGGUGGGGUUGGAAAUCAGUGGGUGGGAUGAGAGACAGAGAGAGAGAGAGUCCUUGCAUUUGAUCGUUUUGUUCCACAGUGUAGAGCGAGUUCAAUUGAAAAUGGAGAAGCAUGAAGGAACAAAAAAAACACAGGAGGAACAAAGACCAGUUAUGCGAAAGGGCAACUAUUCAGAUCGCAUAGGAAUAUCGUAUAGAAAUCACAUCGCAUAGAAUAUCAACGUUACAUGAUGUGAUUUCUUUGUCUGAAAAUGGUUUUGCUAUAUACAGCGGAAGGUAGACCGGUUCGGUGGCUUGAUGAUGGUUCCGACCGGUAGCAUUUCGAGGUUAUGAUAACAAUUCCGUCGUAUAGAUUUGAAGAAACGUUAAACAUAUCAAUUUAUGCAGCAGAAGCAGAAGAUCUUCCUGAAACCUUUUCCGAUGCAGUGAUGAUACAAGCAUAUCAUAUUUUCUCUCGCAGCAAUCAUGAAGAUCAUCAUGGUUCGUAUCGGGAGCGACACUGUUAAUGUAGUGGUUAGGCUCAGGGGAAAUGUUAUUCAAUUCAAAUGUCCUGUAUCCUUGAGGAACCAUCCCCUGUAGAGUGCAUUAAUUGAUGUAAUCCAACUCGUUGUUUUCAAAUGAUAUUAAAAUCCCCAAAACUCAAAGACAUAUCAAAUUUACAGCAUAUAUACACAAAUCGCAUAUACAUCAACUAAUCGUAAGGUAACUGUCAUUUAUCCAGAAUCAUUAGCACGUAAGCGUCUCGGUCAAUGUAUACACUUGCAAUCAACACAAGAGUUAAAGCAUAAGAAAAGGAGAGAAUCUACACUGUUUCUCAGAAAGUAGAACAACAUACAUAGAUAUUCUAGUGUAUAAUUAAUACUUAUCUAAACCAGGUGCACAAUACAUAUCCAAAACAAUCGCUGUACAUCCGAGAGGAAUAUUCCCUCAACCUAAAACAACUUGCCUUCACUGUUUCCAUAAUAUUAUAAGUAUCUGCACGUCAAUGUUACAAUCAAGAAAGAAUAAAAUGAGGAAAAAAAUAUGACAGAUUUUGUUUACAAACAUAUUUUCAUUUAAGCAGUGUGUUGGGUUCAAUUAUCAUAUUUAUAAAACUUACAGUGAUACUGAGAAAAUCAUUCAAAUUAUAUAUUAAGCUUCUAAGCUAAACAAAAGAUAUUUACGAUGAAAAACUACGCUAAAAACCUGGAUACAAAAAAUUAGAUCGUAAGAACGCAAAAGAUAUUUUCCACUUAGAUAUCUACGCCGAACCAGUUAUUGGCCAUUAUUGUUGGAUAACAGCACCACUUUUAUUUGAUUGCCCUUAACUCAACGUAUCGACAGCUAAUAGACCUACGGCGAAGGUCGCCAACGGACGAAUUCGUUUCACAAAGCUUAAGCUGUCUCAGCAUCGUAAGCCAAUUAUCAAAUGAAAAGAAAAAUACGACAAAUUAUAAGCAAAUCAAAUUCAUUUCCAUGUGAUCUCUCGAUGUAUAAGUAAAGCCUAACAGAAUGAAAAACCUGUCACAAUGUGCAAUCCAUAUCAAGCGACGAUAUCGUAAAGAUAUUUUUCUCAAAAUGUAAUAAAAAAUUUCCGAUUGUAUCAAACUAAAUAGAGCAACAGCAAAUUACACAUACAGAAACAGAACAAAACAAAACAAAGGCAACUACUAAUGGUAUAGCGAAUACUGAAACAUAGAACAAAUCAAUAGAAUAGUGCAAGCGGUUGGCAACAGCGAACCCAAUCAUCUAAUAAAGAAGGGAUAGUUUAGUCAGAGCCGCAAACUCACCGUCAACUAGGACAAACAGA